UUACUACGAUGUAUGAAAAUAUUGAAGAGUUAAUUACUGUCUAUUGAAAAGCGUUGUGGGAUGCAUUUCAUCCUUCACAGAAGACACAUUGUUUUCUGUCCCACACCUAAUUGGAGAAGAGAGAGAGACUAGAAAUGCCACCAGCAGUAGGAGCACCCCAGUACCCACCUCCAGAUGGAGGCUGGGGGUGGGUUGUGGUCUUUGGGGCUUUUAUUUCCAUUGGAUUCUCCUAUGCAUUUCCCAAAGCCAUCACAGUAUUCUUCAAGGAAAUACAGGAAAUCUUCCAUACAUCAUAUAGCGAGAUAGCUUGGAUAUCAUCAAUAAUGUUGGCUGUCAUGUACGCAGGAGGUCCCAUAAGCAGCAUUCUGGUGAAUAAGUAUGGUAGCCGACCAGUGAUGAUAGCAGGGGGUAUCCUGUGUUCAUUUGGCAUGAUUGCUUCCUCUUUCUGCAAUAGCGUUCUGGAGCUUUAUAUAUGUAUUGGGGUUGUUGGAGGUCUGGGUUUGGCAUUCAACUUACAACCUGCCUUAACCAUGAUUGGCAAAUAUUUCUAUAAGAAGCGUCCCAUUGCUAAUGGAUUGGCCAUGGCUGGAAGUCCAGUGUUUCUGAGCACAUUGGCACCUCUCAAUCAAUUCCUCUUUAAUGCAUUUGGUUGGAAAGGAAGCUUUCUCAUUCUGGGAGGACUACUUUUGAACUGCUGUGUGGCUGGGUCACUUAUGAGGCCUGUUGGACCAAAACCAGUCCCUCCUGUGAAAAAAGAUGUUGAAAAAGGCACAGGAGAUUCUGCCCUGCACAAAAACAACAAGAAGUCUAUUUGGCAAACUAUCAAUAAAUACCUAGACCUAUCCCUCUUCAAACACAGAGGGUUUCUGAUCUAUUUGUCAGGAAAUGUUAUUAUGUUUGUUGGUUUCUUUGCUCCAAUCGUAUUCCUGGCUCCUUAUGCCAAACACAAAGGAAUUGAUGAAUAUUCUGCUGCUUUUUUGCUAUCCAUCUUAGCCUUUGUAGAUAUGUUUGCUAGACCUUCAAUGGGACUUGUGGCAAACUCUAAAUUUAUUCGGCCAAAGAUCCAGUACUUUUUUAGCUUUGCUGUCUUCUACAAUGGCAUCUGUCAUAUCUUGUGCCCUCUGGCAACAAAUUACACUGGUUUGGUGAUAUAUGCUGUAUUUUUUGGGUUUGCAUUUGGAAUGGUUAGCAGUGUACUUUUUGAGACUCUGAUGGACCUUGUUGGUGCUGCCAGAUUUUCCAGUGCAGUUGGACUGGUAACCAUUGUGGAAUGCUGCCCUGUGCUCAUAGGCCCUCCUCUAGGAGGUUGGUUAGUGGAUGUUACUGGUGAAUAUCAAUACAUGUAUUUUGUCUGUGGAGUGAUUGUGAUUGUAGCCAGCAUCUGGUUGUUCAUUGGCAAUGCCAUUAACUACAGGCUUCUAGCAAAAGAGAAGAAGUUAGAAGAUGAGAAACAGAAAGCACAGAAGAACGCUGACUUGAAGGAGGCAGAACCACUAACAAAUAAUGAGAAUGAAGAUGCUGCCAGCAGAGCUGACAAAACUCUUGAAGAUCCUUCAGAAAGAGAAACCAAUAUUUAAUCUACAGUGUAGCCCAGAAGACAACAUUUAUGACUUCCAUUAGAAAUAUGCCUUCAGGACACAAGCCAGGUUCUGUGUUAAUAAUGAUCAGUUACAAUAUUGGAUGGGAACAGAUUUUUGCCCCAUGUCAAGACUCCAAGUUAGAUCUACAGUUUAUUUAUUUCAGUGAUACAAAAUUGAGGUUACAGAGGUAGUGUCUCCAUAUAAUGAGACCAUCCAAACUAUGACUCUGGACAGUGAAGAGUCCAGAAAACUAGCUGUAAAUUCUUCACACAACAAAGUUUUGUUUCAAAAAUACAUCAAAUGCAAAAGCAUCUCUUACUGUUAUAUGGGAAGAUAUUUUGUGUUCAUUAAUAGAGUACUGUUAAUGUCUUUUGAAUUGAUGUGCCCAAACUGUAUUUACUACUAAUAUCAUAAAACAAUAUGAGCUCAAAUGUAUGUUUCAAAAUUAUGCGAAUGAAGCACAAUGAAAACUUUUUUUUUCUCAUUAGUAUGCCCACUAGAUCAAAAUAUUCAAUAUAUCUAUAUAAACAGUUACAAUAGGAAUGUAAAAGUUAAGGUUGGAAGGCAAUCAAUUGGUGGGCACAAUUUAUAAAACGUAAUAAACAGCGGAGGUUGUUUCCUCCUGUAAUA